AUGUCGCAAAAAGCUCUAAUUGUUCGCGAGUUGGGCGCACCUUUAAUUCUAGGUGAUCGUCUGAUCCCUCGACCAGGCCCAAAUCAAUUAUUGGUCAAAGUUCUAGUAGCUGGACUAAACCCCCACGAUCAGAGAACUCGCGACGCAGGUCUUUUUGUUACAACUUAUCCAUAUGUACUCGCCAGUGACCUAGUUGGGGAAGUUAUUGCAAUUGGUGAAGGAGAGCAUUCAACUAGAUUCAUCGUGGGCGAUCAUGUCUUCGGACAUACAUUCGUCAAUGAAGGUGAUGCCAGUGACUUUGGUGCUCUUCAGCAAUACGCUCUUGCGGACGCGCGAUUUGUUGCCAAAGUUUCAGAUACCGGUUUGACGGAUGAUGAAGCAUCAACGAUACCAGUCAUCGUAUUGGCUGGAUUCAUUGCUCUUUUUUCCAAGUCCGGUCUCAAUCUUCCUCCGCCAUUCUCCCCAGACGCAAGUUCUUUCGACUUCCCAUCCGCUACGAUUCUAGUCAUUGGUGGUGGCUCCAACACUGGGAAGGCCACAAUUGAAAUUGCAAAAUUGGCAGGAUUUGGACGAAUUAUUGCAGUUGCAGGGAGUCAAAAUAAGGACCAGCUUGAAGCUCGAGGAGCAACACACGUGAUAGACCGACAUGCCACCAAUGCUUUGGAACAGGUCCGCGCCAUCGUAGGGGAUGACUUAGUAUACGCAGUUGACACAGUGAAUACUGGUCAUAAUCAACACUUCGGAAUUGCUGCACUCUCAAAUUCGAAAAGAGGGACACUUAUCACCCUUCGUCGACCUGAAGGUGACUUCGGACCUGAUCGUAUUGGCAUAAAGACGGCAGGGUACGAGCGUAGACUCGUGCUGGGAGUCUCACCAGGACAUCCGGAAGUGACGAUUGGAUUCUGGAAGGAGCUCCCUGCCUGGCUUAAAGGUGGGAAGAUUCGCCCGAGCAACUACACGGUUGUGCAAGGUCUAGAUCCGGUUGCGGUGAACAAAGCUCUCGAUGACUACUUGGUGCGGAAUGUAGUCAAGACUAAUACCCAUCCAUGGGAGGAAGUGUGCCAGCAGUAG